GGGUCCUCCCUGUGAACCAGCGUGAAUGCGAGACGUAAUUGCUCGGGUCGUGAUUGAUCUGGAGAGGAGGUGUUGUCUUCAGAGGUUCAGCCAUUCUGCGCUCUGAUGCCAAGCGCACAUGGAGGACAGUGCCAAAGACUUCUCUCACCUGGCGAGCCCGCCGUCCACAGAUCUUGGAUUUUCCAUUAUAGCAGGACAAUAACUGUCUUUAUGUUUUAGGGAUUUUUAAAGAAAGACUAUUUGAAUUUUGAGACAGGGUUUUGGGGUUAAAGAAGCUGCUUGCGGGUCGCAGCGCACGCAUUACUGUCUCAGGUCAAGUGGCACUUAGUUAAUGCUUCACGACAGUCGGAUACAAUUUAGUCUGUUCACAGAGUACAAGUGCUAGUUUGUGCCGUGAUAACGACUAGACUAGCCCGCGAGCGAGCGCAGUGGAGUACCCGGGCUGUGGAGGAAAGUUUGGAGAGCUUCAGGAGCGCGAACAUUAGUCCGAGUGUCCGGGAGAUGCUGCUGUAAAUGCGGGGCGAUGUCCCGAAGGAAGCAAGGCAACCCACAGCAUCUGUCCCUCACACAGAGGGAGAACCUACCGACAGAUCAUGACGCAGGGGUGGAUCAGUGCCCAUCAGAGGGCUCCAUAGCCAGUCCUGUGGGCGGAGCCGGAGAGAGUGACCUGCUGACCUGCGGUCAAUGUCAAACCAACUUCCCCCUGGGAGAUAUUCUAGUGUUUAUCGAGCACAAAAGGAGACUGUGCCCUGGAUCUAGCUCCUGUUUCGACAAACCGACUGACUCCCCGUCCCCCAGACCGCCACGGGCGGAAGUCUGCCGGAGGUCUGGACCGGUAGAGGUUGGGAUCCAGGUCACUCCGGGAGAGGAGGAGGAAAAACGACUGACGCCCGCCAGAGGAAUCUACCCCAAGCAGGAGGGCAUCCCAACAGGAAAAGAUGAGCCCUCCAGUUACAUCUGCACCACUUGUAAGCAACCCUUUACCAGUGCAUGGUUUCUGCUGCAGCAUGCACAGAACACCCACGGGAUACGCAUCUACCUGGACACCUACCCUACUAGUUGCUCACUUACCCCUCGUAUGGCCCUUCCUCCACCACUGGGGGCUGAUGCCUUCCCCCGUUCCCCUCUAGCCAGCUUUCUGGGUGAUGGCAGCAACCCUUUCCGACUGUUGCGUAUGGGUGCCCCACUGCUACGAGAUCUUCCACCACCUGGAUACAUUGAAACCCGCUUGCCAUCUACCCCGCCCUUUGUAAGCCCUCCACCACCCCGCUAUCCUCUGGAACGCCUUGGCCCUGAGGAGAUGGGUCUCCUGUCCCAGCAUCCAAGUGCUUUUGAGCGUGUGAUGCGGCUGACACCCAUGGGCAUUGAACCAUCCAUGGGCUUCUCUCAGCGCCUUCGUGAACUGGCAGGCAACAACAAUAAUGGUGGUCCAACUCCCCCUCUUUCACCUAACCGUGUGCCCCCCAUGCAUCGGCUUCUCAGCCCCACUCUCUUCCAGCAUGGUUCCAAACCUCUACCUUUUCUAACCACACCCUCACAGCCACCAUCAGUUCCAUCCAGAGGCAAUUCCUCACCACCACUAAAUCAAGUUGGCAAAGCCAAGUCCUGUGAGUUUUGUGGCAAGACAUUCAAGUUCCAAAGCAACUUGAUUGUGCACAGACGUAGUCACACUGGUGAAAGACCCUAUAAGUGUCAUCUCUGUGACCAUGCAUGUUCGCAGGCCAGCAAGCUAAAGCGCCACAUGAAGACACACAUGCACAAAUCAGGCUCCAUGGGGAGUUCACCUGAGCAGGGAGGGCAAGACUCUGCUGGAGAGGGGCUUAAGAACAGUGAUGAUAAUGGCACGAGGGAGGGAUUGGAUAAUGAGGAGGAGGAAGAAGAAGAAGAGGAGGAAGAGGAGGAGGAGGAGGAAGAAGAGGAACAACAGCAAAAUGGGAGCAGGCCUGAGUCCAACCUGAGUAUGGACUCAGAGUUGAGCAGAAACAGAGACAAUGGCCCAAGACCUUCCCGAGAGGAGAAACCAAUGACCACUGACAGAGUGACAGAAAGCCAAUACAACAACCUUGACAAUCACUUCAGACGGCCACCGGGCAACAGGCCAUGCGAGGAGAUGGACACAGAUUCGGCAUCCAGAGAGACUGAGAGAGAAAGGGGGCCCAUGGUGAAUGGCAGAGGCUGCGGCCCGGAUGAUUCCAUCUCAUCGUUGUUCCACCGGAAGCCAAUGCCUAUUUCCAGCUCCAGCCUCACUGGGUCUUCCGCCAAGAGGAUCAAGGUAGAGAAGGAUGUGGAGCUGCCACAGGUGCCCAUCAUAUCCCCUGAAAAUGUGUAUUCUCAGUUGCUUGCUGGUUAUGUUGCAUCCCACCACUUCAAAAGGGAGCCCUUCCUGGGCUUUAACGACUCCAGGCAAUCACCUUUUGGCACUUCUUCCGAGCACUCUUCAUCUGAGACAGGCAGCCUGCGUUUCUCUACCCCUCCAGGGGAAAUUCUGGAAGGCGGUGGGAUGUCAGGGCGAAGUGGCAGCAGCACACCUCACCUCCAGCUGCGUGGUCCUGGGCCAGGGAGACCACCCUCCAAGGAGAGUCGACGGAGUGACACCUGUGAGUACUGUGUGAAACCGAACUGCCACCUGAGAAACAAGAACACAGGGAAAUGCUAGUCUGCGGUUCUAAAACCUGUCUUGCAUAUCCCAGCAACUAACAGAGGAGUAGUCCAUUAGGAAUUCAUGGAGCCUUUCUACUGUGCAAUAAUUUCUGUAUUUAUUGGAUUAUUUGUAAUGAUACAUGGCAUGUGCAGGUACAUUAUCGAUGGGUUUCUAAUGCAUUCAGUUCCUGAAAUUAUAUUUCUACACCCCAUCUUAUGAUAUGACAAAUACUGAGAUUUUGGCAUUCAGCCAGUUUUGUGUUAUAAACUAGUUUCCUCAAAGGAAACAAAUUGGUAAUUUCUAAAGAAGAGGUCAACUUCUAAAAAUCUGAGAAAGUUUUCAUGUUAUUGUUGCUGUCAAUGGCCCCACUCAUCAUGGCUUAUAUUCAGUAGACAUAUUUAAAGCACUGAAUGUCACUUUGACAAUAAAAUAUUAAACAAUUUUAAGGGGCAAAAAACCCAGGGAUGUUUUAAGGCAGCAGUUUGACUGCAUCUGAAUGAUUUUCUGUUGACAACCUUUGAAAUGAAAAAGAUUAAAUGAAAUGAAAGUUCAUCAACAUGCAAAUGACAUCAAAAAUGACUAUAUUUCCUCUACAUUAUUAUGGUUCCUGUAUAUAAACAGUGUUGAGGGCACCAGUGUUGCAUUUCUAAGACAUUUUUUUCAAAAGGCUGACAUUUUUUUUAUAGCCCAGAUUUUAUUUUUAAAGAUCAAAAUAUUUACAUUCACUCAAACUGACAUCCAUGCCAUUUCUUCCAACCUCAUCUAUCCAUUAAUUAUGUUCGAAUGCUUUCCAAACCUUGUACAAGGUCAAAUCCUUUUAUAUGUUAAUGGUAUUAUAAUAUGUUUACUUUGUGGUCUUGGCUAAUUCAGCCUGGAUUCACUUGUUAAGGAAAGCCAUAGACUUGUUACAUCAAAUUGUUAUCAUAGUCUCAUAUGGAGAUUUUUUUUUUUAAAUGUGGCAUUCCUAUUCAAUUAUUAAAGGAACGUGUUCAUUCACAAAUCAAUCAUGAAAGCAACAAUGAAUUAGCAGCUAUUUGGACACCAAUAUAAAAGCACAGGUGCGCACCUGUAGAAAUCAUUUGAGUAAACACACACACACACAGGCCAUUAAGCUGUAGCAGCAUUAUACGCACCAUUCUGUGCAUUGCUGAAACUGCAAUCACUGAAUUGUGUUGGGGCUCUCUGGAAGCCCUGGGUGACUGGCUGUCCUCUAAAGGAUCCUAUGAUUGAAUGAUUUCCUCCUUACAACUGUUCCUACUCACUGAAUCACCUCCACCUCUUAUAUUUACACCACAGCCUUCGCCUCCACCCCACAUACACCACUGUCCUCUAUGUGCAUAUUCACUAUUUACAACAUCCUGCCAUUCAUGUUCAUGGCUAUUUACAGUUUACAUUUGAUUUUUGACUUGAAUAGAAAGGUUAAUUUAAGCUACGGCUGCACAUGUUGCCCGCUCGAAAUCAGUCAGCAGAUUACAUCAUAAAGAAAAGUCCAGCACAAGGACAAGGAUAUUUUUUUUUAAAUAAGGAUGUGUAGUUUAUCACCUACUUGUCAGAUACUCAGCAAACUGGCAAACCUCUCUUUGCGUAAAUGACAGGAAGUGGCCAUAACUUGAAAGAAAAUCAAGAGGAAAUGUGUUGUAGUCAAGAAAGCGUGUCAAUGGCUACCAAUGGCUUUCGGAGACAGACAUAACCAGACAACACGGAUGUGCCUCAAAAUAAUAUUCAGCCUUUAUUUUCUGAUGUAGUUCAGAUUUUUGCUAUACAGCGGACAAAAACAAUCCAUGAACAAACUAUCUUAACCAGUAUCAUUAAAAUUCAUUAAGAGGAAUCAAAUCAAAUUAAGUCAUAAAGAUGACUGUUCAUUUAUUUGGGAAAUGUAAAGUGUGCUUCAUUUUUAAGGGGAAGUCUUAACGCACAGAUUUGUUUGAGAAAUUACUAAGCCAUUUCUUUACUGAUUUGUUUAGAUGGAAUAGAGAAUUAUUGACAGUGGAGGUAAAAAAAAUAAUUGGAAUAAAAAAAUAACUAUGACACUGUCUUUAAAUGAUGUUUACAGUGUUGAAGUAUAAGGAUACUGAGCUCUUCUGUAUAUGUGUUUUAAAUGAGACAAAUGUUUUGUCCUCUGUUUUUCUACAAUAUUGAAUAUCAUAGCAGGGUUUUCUCCUUUUCCCCUUUGUUUCUUUCCCUCCCCUCCUUUUUUGGUGCAGGUAUUUCCGUAAAUUUCUAUGGAUAUAUGCGCGUGUAUGUUUUGUUCAUUGUUAAAUACUCAGUGUAUUUGUAAUUUCAGUGGCAUUUUAUGAAAUGAUGCAAAAAAAUCUUUAUAUUUUGCAGUCCAUUAUGAAAUUGUGAGUCUAUUCAAAUGUUUUGUCACUAUAUCUGUUCAUAAUUUGGUAAUUCCAUCCA